AUGUGCGUAUCAACCUAAAAGAUGUUCGGACGAGGGAAAAGUAGUCUCUCGAAGCCAAAAAAGGUUCAUUCUCUUGAAAAUUUGAACAACUCAUAUCUUGGUGUCUGAUUGCACCAAGUUUGUUCUGUUAUAAAUAAAUAACAUGGAAUUGUAUUGAAUUUAUCUUCGAAGUCAGGAGGAAAGCGGAAAUCUAAACUUUCCAGUUACAGUGAAAAAUCCUACUGUUCUGUUCUAAAAUACUACGUGUCAACUAUGUUUUGUAUGUUAACAUGGGACUUCAUUAAAAGUGAUAUUCUUAAUCAGUGAGUUUUCUCAUUCGAUCGCCUGUUGAACAUCCUAUUAUAUUCAUGCUAGGGGCUGAUAUACGAGUUUGGAACAGUUUGGGCUAGAUUUCUUCCCGUUUUUGGAAAUUAGAUGAAGGAUGGUCCAUUUGUGUUAAUUUGGUUCUUGCGAGUUCACCGCGUUUCAGAACAGGUUCCAGAUAUCUUCACUCCGUGUUACAAAAGAAUCGAGCUGUUAGUGAACAAAACUAUGGGAUACUAGUUGAAGCUCUUCGAUUAAUUGCAGAAAUUUUAAUCUGGGGUGAUCAAAAUGAUAGUUCAGUCAUGGACUUUUUUCUUGAAAAGAAUAUUCUGGAGUACUUUUUGCAGUAUAUGAAACAAGAUUUAAGUCGAAGAAUAUGUGUUCAGUUACUACAAACUUUAAAUAUCUUAUUUGAAAAUAUAACAAAUCAAACAGCUAUCUAUUACCUUCUGUCAAACAAUCAUACAAAUGCUAUCAUUACGCAUCGUUUUGAUUUCACCGACGAAGAAGUGAUGGCUUAUUAUAUUUCCUUUCUAAAAAUAUUAUCCUUUCGUCUCAACGUAAAUACCAUCAGCUUUUUCUACAUUGAGUCUCGUCGAGAGUUUAAUUUAUAUGUUGAAGCGAUUAAAUUGUUCGCUCACCCGGAGGGUAUGGUUCGUAUUGCUGUACGUACUAUCACUCUAAAUGUACAUAAAGUUAAAGAUGAAGCUGCUUUGGAGUUUAUUCACCAUCAGACUUCAUUAAUUUACUUCUCACAUCUUGUGUGGUCAAUAGGUAAUACAAUAUUAGAUAUUGAUUGUCAUAAGUGUCAAACUAAGUUGAAAGAUUUAGUUGCAGAGCAUAUUGAUCAUUUACACUACAUAGAUGACUUGUUGUCACUGGGUAUAGAAGGUUUAAAUGAAGUACUGUGUGACCAGUUACUGAGGAGAUUAUUUAUACCGUUACAUAUCUACUCCUUAUUGAAACAAUACAAGUCGGAUGCAACAACAAAUCUAGGGACAGUUCGUAGACCUCGUCUAUCCUAUUCCGUGACAGUGUUUACACUAAUUCAUGUGUAUUUAUUUCUACGUGAUACUCGACUAAUCUGUUUACUUACGGAAGCUAUUCUAAUUGGCGAUCUCACAUUGCCUGGCUUAAUAAUACCUUGUAAUAUACCAUGUUCCAAUUCACAAAUUGUCUUCAAUGACUCCACAACUCAGGAUUGUUCUGUAAGUUUUCAAAGAAAUUUAAAUUACGAAGAGACUGAUGAUACUGCAUCUGAUGAUGAUCCAGCAAUGAUCAUUGCUAAAACGUUAAUUGCUGCCACUGUGUCUUUACGAGCUUCUGACCAAGCAUCACCUGGGCAAAGAUUAACUACCUACUUAAUACAUUCAGUGACAUCCAAAAAUCCAUUGAUAUUUUCUCAACCUAGUGAAUCAUUAGAACAUGGAUUAACUCAAGCGAAAGGUGUAACACCGACAUUGAUGUCUGUUCUAUGGCCACCCAAUGUGGCUCCACUAAAACUAGUGGAGAAGAAUACAGAAACUUACGUUCAGUCAUCCAUUUCUUCAAAUCCAUGUGAAAAACGCUCAUCUGAUCUGUCACCAGGCGAUUCACAAAUACAAUCUCCAAACAGCUGUAAAGAUUCGUAUGCAUCUAUUGAAAAAUCCCCAGUUAAAAUUGAAGAUUCAUCAUCUAAUUCAUCAGUCGUUUUUGAACAAAACGAUAAAACGAUCGAUGCUGACUUAUCAAAUCUAUCUGGCCGUGUUUUUUUAAGAUCUUUAUUUCGUUCUUUGGAAAUUGGUUCCGGUUCAGAUCAAGAUGCUAUAUUCUCUAUUCUCCUUUUAUUCGCUAUAAAAUCAAAUAAAGGUGUUGAUUUGGCUACUUUGAAACUUGCCCAAUUAAACGGUCCCGAUAUAAAAAAUGAACCAUCGUAUAAUUAUACACUUGUCACAAAGCUUAUUGAAUUAAUUGGUGACGCAUGUAAAGCUGAAAGUCGUAUUCGUUUAAUCACUGUACGAAUGGCUAUUCGUUUGCUAACAGACUUAGUAUAUAGCGUCAAUUGUGGUUGUCAAUUAUCCGAUCAACAUUUCGCUGAAAUUAUUAAUGCUCGCGAAGAAGCGAUGCUUGUAUUAAGGAGCUAUUUUGAGAUUAGUGCAAUAUUUCUAGACCUGUUUGAAAAUGAAUUACGUCGUAUUCAAUCAGCACUUCCUCUGCUAUCUACAUUAGCUACAGAUGCUCGUCUGUUAAUACAACCAUAUUCAUCAUUCUUGGAGCAAUCAGACGAGAUAACAAAACAUACUACUAAUGCUACUACUACUAGUAAUAAGAUGCAAAUGUUGAUAUGUAAUGAUAUGGAUUUAAUCUAUCGAUUACCGAAUAAUGAACGUGAGCAUAUUCAACGUGCAAUCGGGAUAUAUCUUAUUGUACAUAUUUGGUUAGAAAGAAUGCUGACUUUAAAACUGAAUGUUACCUCAUGUCAAGAUGUUAUUGUCGAUGCUGAUAACAUUUGCUUAUCAGUUCAGAAUUCGGAGAUAUUUCCAAAUGAUUUGUUUUCCAAUCUUGUUGGUAUACCUGGAUUAGGAGGAUUUUGUAGUAUACCAGAUCCUAAAACAACUACACCUUCAUUAAAGACAGGAGAUAGACUAGACCUAUUCUCUGAAACACUGAUUGGAUGUACAGUGGAAUGUUCUGGCAUUCAUGAAAAACGUUUUAUAGUUAGUUGUGGUCAGCAGUUGGUUCUGGUAAAACCUGACUCAAAACAACUUGGUUGGGGUGUCAUAACAUUUAUUGGACCAUUACAAGAUUUGGAAUCUCAUUGUGAUCCAGCUGAUAGUCGUUGUCUUCAUGUGACCAUUCAUGCCCCUGGUCAUUUAACCUGUCAGAAUUCCAGUCCUGGACGAUUAUUCAGUAAUAUUAAUAAUACUGAUAGUAAAUCGCCGAUUAUGGUUGCAAAGUUUCUAUUUGAAGAUCAUAUACGUUGUAUGACAGCUCGGCAAUUAUUGUCCCGUGGUAAAACAGUCGUUGAACAAACGAAACUACGGAAGAUCGCAUCUUUGCUUGAUUUCCCACCUCAAUUUAUACGCGAAAAGUUUUUAACUAACAACACAAGUACUGGUUAUAACAAUGGCAUUGUUGGUAGUAAAAAUUAUAUGUGUAAUAACCAACACACAAUGAUUGUCAACAACCGUUUUGAUCCGGCAAAUACACGUGGUAUGCACUUAAAUAGUAGCAGUAGUAGUGUUAAACGAAUCAGUACAAAUGUAAUAACUGGAACGAAAAGAGCUGAACAAUCACCGCCUGUGCAAAUAAGAAAGUUUAUAAAUGACAAUGACAAUAAUAAUACUAAUAAGGAUAGCAGUGGUAAGAUUGGUGAAAGUGUACGCCCAGGUGUUUGUCUAUUUGAUCAGCAAGGUGGUUGUUUACAUGAUACAUAUGGAACUGACUCAUCAUCGUUAGUGGCACCAUUAGUUUGUUUGGCUAAUUCAAGUACUUCAACAAUUUCAAUGACUAAAGCAAUAGAGUCAACUGCAUCAACGAGUACUCUUGGUGAACCAGUUGUAAAAUCUAAUCCACUGCAAACUUUUACCAUCAUUAAAACACCUAACAGUAGAACAAUGAAUCAACAAGAAAUUUCCCAAUUAACGUCAUCUUCUGUUCACAAAACAGUAAGUGAUGGAAAGAGAAUCAAUAAGAAGAAGGAAGACAAGCAGCAGUGGCCACAACUACAUGAGGAUGAGGACGAACAGAUUGUCGAUGAAAAGAAAAAACUUAUCAAUUUAUCUGAAGCGUUUUCCAAUUUAAAAUCAAAUAUGUUUACAAAUGACUAUUCAAGUGGAAAUAAAAAAGCUGAACACCAGUGCUUAUCUUCUGAAUCCAAACAGUCAAACUAUUCAUCAGGUGAUAUUUCCGAUGUGUAAAAAUGAGAGACAGGGAGUAUGGAGAACUGAGAAUUUUUAUCUUAACAUUUUUGUUUGAUUACGACAAUGGUUGUUAUAAUAUUUUGUAAAUACUCGUUUAAAACCGAACGAACAGAUUAAUGAAAAGCGGAUACAAUGCAUCUAUUAAUCUAUCCAUUUAAGCAUAUAUGUACGUGUAAACGAACAAUUUCUGCUAAAAGAACCAUUUACCUAACGUACUUGAAGGUUGUUCGUAUCUUUCAAGUUUCUGUCUUUCAGUACUUCAUUUCUUCUUUUCUAUUCAAACUCUUCUUUGUUGCUGAGUAAACACAACAGAAUGAUUGAAAUCAUGUAUGCUCAUGUUUUUGUAUACGUAUGUGUAACUCACUAUCACUACUAUUACUAUUAUUACUGGUAAGUAGUGAUAGCGUAGCGUUACCAAUAUGCACUAUUAGUCCUUUCAUUAAAUAUAGACUGAGACAAAUACAUUCAUUAUUAUUUGUUUUAAAUGUAUUUAAGAUUCAUAUUUUCAAGAAGAAUAAAUGUUUAUGUCAUUAUUUAGAUGUUUGUAAUAUUUUUGUUAUGACUAACAUCGCUAGCAGUCAAUAAUCAUUAAUUAUUUUUCUCCCUCCAUCUCUGUUUACAUGAAAACUUUAAUUUGAGUAGAGAGCGAAAUGGAAAUAAUUGAUAUAUGUACUUUUUGAAUUACUCAUGAAAAUAUGUAUUGGGUGAUUAGUAUAGAAUCCAAAUGAAAAUUCUUUCAUUUUCCAAAAGUAUAAAUUAUGUAAAUUGCUCUUAUUUAUCAAUUUUAUAAUCAAUGAUAAAUAAUAAAAAUGAGUUUCAUCAUAUAAUUUAUUU